AUAACUACCAGAGUACUGCUUUGGUAAAAGGCACUCGCCUAGAUUGGUACCGUUGUUGUUCCUUCGCCCCAUGAACCCUACAUUGAUGCUCGCUCAGCCAUAGAGAGACUCGUUGCCCACCAUGAGUGCUUCGCCCUCAAUAUCUCCAAACGACUCACAAGUGUCGACCAUCAUUGCCGUCGUUAGCUGCGUCGUCUUCGUGGCUUUCCUCGCUGUGGCUUUGCGGGUCUAUGCCAGGGCCGUCUUAAUCUCACAGUUUGGCAUGGACGAUUAUGCCAGCAUCGUUUCCUUUGUGUUCGUUUUUAUCUGCGGAUUUUUUGUUGCAUGGAAUACGAGGUUUGGCUUCGGUACGCACGUCGACUUUCUCACAGAGGAGCAGAUCCAGGCGUACUUGAAGACAUUCUACAUCUCGGUAGUAUUCUACAACAUAGCUAUGGGAGCUAUCAAGACAACCUUCCUGCUGCAGUACUACCGAGUCUUCGCUCGCCCGAUGGUCAGAAAUGUCAUCAUCGCCGCCGGAGUCGUCAUAGGUGGAUGGAGCACGUCCCAGAUCUUCCUCGCUAUUUUCGCCUGCACCCCAGUGUCCGCCUUCUGGACCGGCGAGGGCACUUGCAUAGACAACCUCCCGGCUUGGUAUGUCAACGCUGCCGGCAACAUCAUCACCGACUUGAUUGUCCUCAUUCUACCUCUGCCCAUCAUCCUCUUGGGCGUCUUUUGCCUGGGUUUCUUCACCUGUGCCAUCUCCUUUGUUCGUAUUCGCUUCCUCAAGCUGUCGCAGGACUUUACGUGGACGAACGUGGAGGCUGCUGCUUGGUCUAUCAGUGAGCUCUGCUCCGCCCUGACAUGUGUCUGCUUGCCAACGCUCCGGCCUCUCAUUUCCCACCACUUCCCUGGGCUCCUCAGCAGCCGUGGGACUUCAUCACAAAAGACGCCUUACCCCAACCCGGGGUCUGGGGCUGCCAGCACGGGGCCUGGUGAACUCGGACCUGGUGACCGAUCGAGACGCACCUUACAGAGGACUGAGAGCAACGACGAACUGUACGGCACGCUCUUUAGCCUGACGCGCUCCGAUUCAAGCCUAGAGGGUCAACAUGACAGCGUGCCGUCCGCGUCAUCCAAGGGGAUGGACAGGUUCCGGCCGGAUCGCAAUCUCGCAAAGGUCACGACAUGCAUCAUUGGGAGCCAGAGCUGGCCCCAAGGCGGGAAGCGGAUACAUGAGAGCUCCAUCGAGAUUGAACUCGAGAUAACGCAGGCCGUCUCUCAGGAGACUCAAAAUAAAGAUUUCUCUUAGCAAUCCUUAGUUCCCAGGUAAAUCCAGGUGGGAAAGUGAUGUAUGACCUUGUGGUGGUGUAACUACUAAUGGCAUGUAAAAGUCUGAGCGGUGACUGACCCAGCCAUUGAUGUAAUAGACCCGGCUUUCAACUAAGGAAAUAGGUAGGAAUUGCUAAAAUAGUAACAGCAGUUUUGGGGGGCAGGGCUGCUAUCUCAAAGACCUGGCCUGGAAUGACCAUAGGUUCUGAAGUUGUAACCGCCAU